CGCCGCUCGCCACUCGCGCAGCCUCAGUCCGCGGCGGGCAGCCGAGCGGGAACACUGCGCGUGCGUCUCACAGAACCCUGUGCACUGCGACCACAAUGUUUACGUUAUGUCCAACGAUCCAGCAAAAAGAUAACAGAAAGUGAUAGUGGUGACUUGUUAUAAGUUGUUGCGUUUGUAUCGGUGCGCGGCGGACGACAGGUGGCCGACGGCUUUAAUGUGGAAACGCUUGUAGUGUAAAAGUGCAACGGUCGGAACAAAGGAUCUGUGCGAUGACUUUUUCUGGAAAUAUGAAAGAGAAUAAAUCGAGGAAUGCCAAAGACACAUGGGAGUCUGAGCUUGGUUACGGAUGGACACGCAAUGGGCAGCAGCGAUGUGUCCGGCAUCGACCGCCAGAGUCCACCAUGUCGGUGAGCAGCGACAUCAGGUUCACGCGAAAGAAAAUGAGCCGGCCAUGUCGAGGCUGCUGCGCUGCUCUUGCCGUGCUGCUGGUCUUACUGCUGCUUGCUGCCGUCGCCGUAUACCUAGGACAUACGUACCUGUUUGGAGACCCGCUUAACAGACAAACAUUUCGCGGAUCGAUCGUGCUCUCAUGGAAGCAGGCUGAGGGCGCGGAGAGCAAACAAUUUGAAACAAAGGGCAACCGCACUCGAGAAAACGAAUUGCAGCACGUUCUAUUCGAAUUAUAUCGAAAUUCCGAACUGAGGUCAUGUUUUGUAUCAGCCGAUAUUCUUGCAUUAGACAGUGCAGAAGAAUGGAAAGAUGGAAUACGGGUACAUUUCGAGGUGUCUUUUGAGCCGAUAUUUACAGCUGUGAGCACUGCAGAAGUUAUCGAAGUACUUGCCAAAGACCUCACUACACCAUCGGGCUCCUUCAAUAAUUACAAUGUCUACCCAGACACUUUACAUAUCGAGGAAAACUCGGACAUCUCAUCACUAGAAUUGAAAGAAGCUGAGACAACGCCGGCAGAGCCACCCACAACAGAGCUCAUUCUAACAGAAGUUGAAGAAGAGAUAAGGGAAUGUGUGCCCGUAUCUUUGUCCUUAUGUGCUCAUCUGCCGUAUAAUGCCACAUCUUACCCGAAUCUUGUAGGUCAUACGUCUAAAGACGCUCUGAUGCGUGAUCUAGUAGCUUUUAGGGAGCUCCUGGACGCAGAAUGUUCACGUCUUGCUCAGGACUUUGUAUGCCAAAUGCUGCAACCGCGGUGCCAUGAGAACCGUCUGAUCCGUCCGUGUCGCGCUUACUGCCGCUCAUUCCAUGCUGGCUGUGGCGCGAGGCUGCCAGAGCGACUCCGGCCACAUUUCGACUGUGCACGAUUCCCUGAUUUUUUUGGUCGUGGAUCAUGUGCAACGGAACCAGACUGUCACGCAGGACUGCAGCGGCUGGCUCUGUCACGGCGUGCAUGUGACGGUAUUCCUGAUUGCGCCGACGCAGCAGACGAGCGUGAAUGUGCCCACUGUACUGCUGUCGGCAGGGACGCUCUACGAUGCGCUCUUACGGCAAAGUGUCUACCUGCACACAUGCGGUGCGACGGGUCUCACGACUGCCCCGACGGUAGCGAUGAAGCUGGUUGCUUGUGGAUCUCGCGAUCACUAGCUUCGUGGCGACGAGAGAAUUCAGAAACUACUUUAGGAGCAGUACGUAGCCGUGCGGGAUACGCCAUGUGGGCUGAACGUGGCAAAUAUGGAAAGAUAUGCGCGACACCUUACGAAAAGGAUAAACGAGCACUUCUGAGUGUAGCAACAUCCCUUUGUAGAGCAUUAACAUUUAAAUCGGCUUUAAUCGCUGAAGUUAUACCUGACGGAGAAGAACUAGAUGAUAUGGGAUAUCAAAACAAAACGGAGAAAAAGCAAAUGCCAGAAUAUGUUGAGAUAGUUGAUCCAUUCGCGCCAGAAAUAUCGUUCCUCAAAAGCGAAUGUCCAGAAAGAAAAGUAAUUAGAGUUAUUUGCGACCAAAUGGAUUGUGGUAUAGCUUCAGCCAGAGGUUCAAGAGCUUCCAAUGGUGUAGAAGGGUUGCCGAGGUCAGCGCGUCCCGGAGACUGGCCGUGGCAUGCGGCCUUACUGAGAUCCAACGUUCACGCAUGUGACGCUACUCUCAUUCAUCCCUCCUGGCUUAUCACUACUGCGUCCUGUUUCCAAGGUCAGCCCAAAGCCGAAUGGACAGCAAGAUUUGGAUCCGUGCGAAUACAAAGCACCACACCGUGGCAACAAGAAAGACGCAUAGUGGGCAUGGUGCGUUCCCCUGUAGAGGGCAGCAUGCUUGCUCUAGUAAGAUUGGAGGAACCACUUGAAAUGACUGACUUUGUGCGACCAAUCUGCUUACCGGAAAAUAACCCUAAUGCAAACGCACAAUCCAUUUGUAAUACUUUAGGAUGGACACGUAACAGAGAUCAACUACAACGAGUUCACCUGGUUAACAGUCCUAUGAAUACUUGCGAGAACGUCAGUAUAGCUAAUGCUAAUGGGAUUUGCGCCGAACCGUUAUACGACCAGGAUGACUGCGAUGAAGAAGAAUACGCUGGAAGUUCCAUGAUGUGCUUUGAUAGCGAAAACAAACGUUGGUCACUGGAUGGCGUCAGUGGAUGGCGCAUAGCGUGCACGAAAAUCGGACUGGGAAGACCACGUAUUUACGAUUCAGUCAACUCGCAUGUUGACUGGGUAAGAAGAACAAUUAGCAACUCAGCUAGGUGACCUAUAAUAACAUAAUAUAAUGGUUUUGUUAAGACUGUGCAAACUUUUUGAUGGACUAAUUUUAAUUUUAUAGAUACUUCCGACAUUUGGGUUUAAUUUAAGAUUUUUUUUAAAAUUCCUAAUGUAUAUCAGUGACGUAGCUUGCCAUAGAGGGGAAGGCCUUCAGAGCAAUGCGAAUUUUUGGGCGCCCGCUCACAACUAAGCUAUGUUAGUAUGGACCAAGACGGCCCCUAAAGCUCGGGGUCCCCGUAUCAUGAUACGGCGGUAGCUACGCCCCUGAUGUAUAUAUAUUAUUUAAAUCGCGAAUUACAAGGACAUAUUUUGAAAAAUUGAUCCGUUAAAAAUACUAUCAAUUUAAACCUCAGUAGUAAAACAAAAUUAAUGUUACGAUAAAAAUCUGUGAUUGGCCUUACAAUAUAACUUAUAAGUUUUUAGUUAGUUAUUACCUAUGCAAAGAAGCAACCAACUUAAAUUUAGAUUACAGAAACCUAAUAUUUACGCUUCUGCUUCAUCCUCGACAGUAGACCUGAAAAUAGCUUAAUUACAAUAAAAUCAGAAUUAUCAGUGUAUCUUUUUAUAGGACACAACUGCCAUUAUAUAUACAUACCUAAAUAUAUUAGAAUACCAACAUAAUUGUAGGAGAGCAUACAGAAUAAUAUUGUCAUUUUUUUGUCAUGUACCUACAUCCCUUCUUUUUAUAGCAUAAACAUUGUAGUUGUUUUAUUAUGACCCACCAUUCAAUGCGGCCACAGCUUAGAGAAGGAAAGGAGCGGCUUCUCCAAUCGCUCAGUCCCAAGAUAAGUAAAAAAAUUAACUUUCAUUAAGAAUUGGAUUUGUAAUUUUAAAUUUAUAUAAGUAUCUUUAUUCUAUCACUUAUAAGUAAAAAGUGCUCCUGUCUAUGGUGAUUGCUUAUGCAGCACUCAAUACAUUUUUACAAACAUGUAGGUGUGGUUGUAUAGAAGCCAUGUCAGGUGAUGUCCCGAAUAAUAUAUUAACAUUACAAGGUACUGAUAUACUUACUUAAUAUAUUUUUUAUAAAUAGAGUUAGUAAGGCAUGGGCAGUAGUUUUAUAAUUUUAAAUAAAUUUCUAAACAGGAUAAGAAGUUACUGACUAACCAGCAUUUUCAUAUGAAUACUCAAAUUAAUUUAAGAUUUCAUCUUACAAUAUUACUGUAACAUAGUAGCAAUAGUAUUUGUUUUGUUGUUAAAUACUCAACUUUUAGUAGUACAUUAAGGAGUGUCAUAAAAGAAUUUAUUAAUACUUUAUAAAUUGAAUGAACUUCAACUGUUCAUUUAUUAUAAGUAGAAAGGAUACAUAAUAUUUCACAAUAAUAACAAUAUGCAGUGGUGGCCCUAAACCUGAGGCCACAGGUGAAAGCAAAAAAAACGACGCAUGGCUCUGGGGGAUGGUUGCCCAGUUCACCUCCGCCAAUAGCCCUCUUAUAAUAUGUAUUUUAAUAAGUAAAUGUAUACACAUACAAUAAUUUGAAUUUGCUACCAAACUUCAUAUUCAUUUGUUGCAAAAAUAUUUUAUCACCUCUCAUGGGCCAAAUGUUGUGUGAUAAAUGUUAAGUAUAAGUACAUUGCUUGAUGAAGUUCUUAAGAAUAAUAAGAUAAUUUAUUAUUAUAAAAAUUUUAGCCAUAUAAAUAGAGUUAAUCUGUAAAUAUUGUUAUAAAAAGGUACCAAAAUUUUAAAGACAAUAUAUUUUUUAUAAAUAUAUAAAUAUUUUUUAACU